CCAGGCCCCAGCCCACAUGCCUGCUUAAAGCCCUCUCCAUCCUCUGCCUCACCCAGUCCCUGCCGAGGCUGAGCAGACACCUCCAGGAUCUGUCGGCAGCUGCUCUUCUGAGGCAGAGCAGAGACCAUGUCUGACAUGGAAGAGGUGGUGGAAGAGUACGAGGAGGAGGAGCAGGAAGAAGCAGCUGUUGAAGAAGAGGAGGACUGGAGAGAGGACGAAGACGAGCAGGAGGAGGCAGCGGAAGAGGAUGCUGAGGAUGGGGCUGAAGCAGAGGCUGAGACCGAGGAGACCAGGGCAGAAGAUGGAGAAGAAGAGGAAGCAAAGGAAGCUGAAGAUGGCCCAAUGGAGGAGUCCAAACCCAAGCCCAGGUCGUUCAUGCCCAACUUGGUGCCUCCCAAGAUCCCCGAUGGAGAGAGAGUGGACUUUGAUGAGAGACGUCGGGCAGAGCGGGCCGAGCAGCAGCGCAUCCGGAAUGAGCGGGAGAAGGAGCGGCAGAACCGCCUGGCUGAAGAGAGGGCUCGACGAGAGGAGGAGGAGAACAGGAGGAAGGCUGAGGAUGAGGCCCGGAAGAAGAAGGCUUUGUCCAACAUGAUGCAUUUUGGGGGUUACAUCCAGAAGACAGAGCGGAAAAGUGGGAAGAGGCAGACCGAGCGGGAAAAGAAGAAGAAGAUUCUGGCCGAGAGGAGGAAGGUGCUGGCCAUCGACCACCUGAAUGAAGAUCAGUUGAGGGAGAAGGCCAAGGAGCUAUGGCAGAGCAUCUAUAACUUGGAGGCAGAGAAGUUCGACCUGCAGGAGAAGUUCAAGCAGCAGAAAUACGAGAUCAAUGUUCUCCGAAACAGGAUCAACGAUAACCAGAAAGUCUCCAAGACCCGCGGGAAGGCCAAAGUCACCGGGCGCUGGAAGUAGAGCCCAGCCUCCUUCAUCAAAGAUCUGCUCCUCGCUCGCACCUGUCUCCAGCCUGCACUCCCCCAGUUCCUGGGUCCUCCUGGGCACCCCAGACAGCUCCUGUUUGGAAAUGGGGAGCUGGUCUAGGUGGGAACCACCACUCCUGCCUGCCCCCACACCCACUUCACACCAGUAAUAAAAAGCCACCACACACUGA